AUGGCACCAAUCACUUCGCCUCCCGAACCCUCUCGGCUGAAAGUUGCAAUCAUCGGCGGAGGGCCGAGCGGCUUAGGGGCUGCAAUCGCCUUCAACAAGCUACCGUACGUUAACUGGACUCUGUACGAGAAGAAGCCCCAGAUCAGCGAGACGGGCGGUGGUAUCAGUGUACAGCAAAAUACCUGGAGACUUCUCGAGAUCCUUGGAGCAGCGAAGAACAUCGACCCCGUCGACUUUUUUAGGGCGCCGGACGGGAUUAGUGGGCAGACCAGGAACGGAAAAACAGGAGUACUCCUCGAGCAGAGCAGUCAUGCUGCUGACGUGCCUGUGAACCAGAGAAGCUGCCGGAUGGUGCGGGCGAAACUGCAAGCCGCACUUCUGCAGGAGGUUGACAAGUCGCGAGUCAAAGUUGGCAUGAAACUGACGGAGAUAUCGAGACUGCCAGACAGCAAGAGAAUCCGCCUUCAGUUUGCAGAUGGGUCUGCCGACGAAAUCGAUUUACUGGUAGGGGCAGAUGGUAUUAGAUCGUUGGUGAGGUCCUUCGCCUUCCCCGAGCACCAUAUACGAUAUAAUGGUCAGUCAGCAUAUCGCACCAUCAUCCGCAAGUCAACUGUAUUUCAAACCAUCCCUGAGAUGCCGAAAUGUCCCGUGUUCUGGCAAAAUACGGGUGGGAAAUACGUCUUCACCUGCCCUCUCGGCACAGACGAUUUCGAAGUGACUGCACGCAUUCGUCGUCCAUUACAAACGGCGGACGACGGUGGUCCACGGACGGAGAUCGUGAGCUGGGGAAGACCAUUCGACUUCUCCGGGCUUGCCGCCGAGUAUGACGAGUUCUGCCAGCCCGUGCGCGAGGUCAUCAAGCUCGCCGCAGAAGCAUCUGGAGACAACAUCACCCAGGAAUUCGCGCUAUUCUCGGGUCCCCGUCUUGACAGCGUCGUCGCCUUCGGCACCUUGGCUCUGAUUGGCGAUGCCUCACAUCCCCUCUCGGGGGCAUUUGGUGCUGGUGCUGCGUUCGCACUGGAAGAUGUUUACGCCCUGACACAGUGUGUGGACUUUGCGUGGAGAAACGACGCCAGCUUGGAGAGUGCACUGAAACUGUACGACGAGAUUAGAACGCCGCACUAUCGGAACCUGUACCAGGUCUUGGAUGACUUUGCUGCAGUAAACACAACACUCGUAUCAGAGAAGCUGGGCGUUGACAAGGAGAUCGAGGAGAGAGUGACAAGGGCUAGUGAAAGGAAGGCUGGCUGGAUGUACCACUAUGAGAUUGAUAAAGUGGUGGCAUCUAAGCUGUCCGCCGAGCAGCCUGGUCUCCACACGGCUGUGGUCGCGUGA